CCGUUGCAUUCAUUCCUUUCUGCUCCACUCCACCUGGGGGUUGUGAUGCCCCAUCUGUUCAUCUGCACUCUCUUGCUAUUCCAUGUGAUAGUGCCCUCCUGAGAUCUGCUCCUCGAUCCCCCUUUCCCGUCCCUCUGGCCUCCGAAGCGGAUGAUCCGCUUAUCACCGCGAAUCCCUCGGAGGGAUAGAGAUUCGGAAAUAUCCCACCAUGUCGGCCCUGCAAGGCCCUGAAAGCGUCCUUAAUACUCCGGCUGCCACCGCAUCGGCCGCACAAUCACUCACCAACGCAACCGCCAUCACCAACGCAACCGCCAUCACCACCUCCAUCCUCUCCUCUCCGCGCGACCUCCUCGCCCUCCCCUUCCGUGGCCUCUAUCAGGCAGAACAUUUCGCAUUCUCCACAUUGCCGAGACGACUUGGGCGGCUGGUAGGAUUACAGGAGAUGGCUACGCUGUUUGGGGGAGGUAGUGCAGGCGCAGGACCGGCCGGUGAUGUGGCAGUUGCGACCACUCAGGCGGCGGCGAACGCUGCUCGAGAAGGAGUGGCGGAGGCGGUUGGCCAGGCUGACACGGGUCACCAUCUGACGGACAUACUGCAAGCGUUGAUCAAAUUCAGCGGCUUCUUUUCAUACCUCACGAGUCGGUGGUCGUUGGCCUGCUUCACGGUGGCCCUUAUUCUAAACAGGAUCACCAUAUAUGCAUCCACCAGACGACCUCUCCACCUUGAUUGGACCCGACGACUGGCCUUGAGAAUUAUUCCCAUCCUCCUCUUUCUGACGCAGGUUCGUUCCCUACUCCGUGCUAUUCGGUGCCAGACAUCCCCAGACUACUCGCUCCUUCGCUACGGCUCGCCCGGGAAACGUCUGCUGUUUGACUAUGGGGGAGGUGGGGGCCUACUGCAUUCCCUGGGUUCUACCCUUCUGCCAUGGGAGACGGAUGAACAAUCAUGCAGUGCGGUGCGCAUGAGUCGCCCCACGAGCGCGUCGGACUUCUCGCGUGGGUCGUUUGGCCUUCUGUGGCCGGUCUUUUUGCGCCUCUGUGUGAAUCAUUUCGUGGAGACGCUGUCAUGCGCGCUACAAGGAAGGGCUGUCGUGACCGAAGCCGGGAUGUCUAUCUUUGAACAUUCGCUCGCGUUUGCCGAGGCAGAGUCGACAAUUACCCAAUCCCUCGGCUUGGGACUAUUCGGUCUACCCAAAAGUGCAAAGGACGAUUCUAGUGACGGGAGCCAGAGUGGCGCUCAGAUAUUGAGCAGGGCGCAAGUCUUGGAGCGUAUGAACAUCACGCCAGAAUUGCUUCUCAUCGCCCUGAUCUCGUGCUGCAACAGCCUUACAUCGAACCUUUUGGAUGUCUUCGGCAAGCAGAGCCGUUAUCGUUUCGUGAAUACCGCCUUCUGGGGUCUUUGCUUCAUGUCCACAAUGGCGUGGGGCCUAUUCAAUAGCUUGACGGUGGGAAGCGACAGCAUGGUGCUGAAGUUCCCUACCGUAUGUAUCGUGGGCUUCAUACCGCAUUUAGCCAUCUUCCUGGGUAUCAUCGUAUGCGGAAUCAUCUACUCCCUCGCACUCACUAUUACUGCGUUCUCGCUUCCUGUUGAGGAUCCUUCGCAAUCGUCACUUCGACAACGGUUUGCCGUGGCGCAUGAGAACAUGCAGGGAGCCUCACAAAUCCAAAAUCUUCGUUUCAAUCGACAUGAAGACUUUUACACAGCCCUGCUUCGAACCGGAUAUACUGCUUUGACCGCUGCCAGCGAGGCCGUCUUCCUGAACGAAGGUCAGGGCGUGGUUGCUCGAAACAUGACGUGGUUGGAAGAGGACCGCCUAGCCGAGAUAGAGUCCUCGCGACAAAGACACCGGUCCCGCCAUGGCUGGAAUGCUAGUGCUCAAGGUGGGCCAUUUGAAGGUGCUGAUGCCAUGAAUUUUGAUUUGCCCCAGGCACCGCCCGAGUGGGAGAGUGGUUAUGGUCGGGAGAAGAAAAUCGAGAAACCAAAGAACGGCUCUCGAUCAGUGCGCUCACAAACCGAUGCAGGAGGCGUUGGUGCCUUCCGAGGAGCAAUCCGAUGUUACCAUGGAUUUUCAUUCUUCAGAGGAAUCUUUUAUCUCCUUUUGCGGUGGCUGGCUCGUGGCCUAGACAAGCUGCUGAGUAAACUCGGCAUCACUGCACGCCCACAGUGGCUCGGGAAGAUGAUCGGGCCUCGCAGAAAGGGGGCGCAAGAGAUAAGGAACGGUGAUAAAGUUGAAUCGUUGGACUUCUGGAUCCUAACGGAUGAGGGCGAACUGGAGUUACCGGGCAACCACGAAUUCGAUGUCGAGCGAGAGAUGCGCAAGCGCGAACGCUCAAAUAUGAUGGAUUGGAGACCGGCAGAUGAAGGGCGACUUGAUGAGAAACUCUACAGCUGGUGGAAAGCUGGGGGCUCGUGGGGAAACCAGGAUCACAGUGCGGACUACAUUCCUUCUGUCGAGGACGUAGACGACACGACCAGCGUCGUCUCGAUGUCCACAACUACCGAUUCCGAAUGGGAGGACGAAUCCGAUGGCCGCCGCACACCUACGCUGGCUGAACCUUUCCCACCCGGAUUUUCUCGAGAAAGCACACCGGCUCAAGAAUCGCUGAUGGAUGUCAGCUCUUUUGCGCGCCUUCUCGACCCGCGGGACCAGGAAAGCAGGCAAGAAGCACGCAUCCUAGCCGCCCAUCUCUCUGCCGGACAAGAAGGUCGGGUUCUGACUCGCCGUCGGUUCCAAGAGCAGGUGGAGCGUGAACGAGCCCAGAUCCUCGUGUCCUCCAGGUUGUCUCAAUUAGACAGGCCGUCGAGCAACGAGAAGCGACGGCCCUCGCCGGAAGAAGAGAGUGAAAUCCUGGAGAAACUCAUCCUCUCGCGUCGUUCCCAAGCAGCGCCCGUUGACGGGCAAACCUGGGAAUCCGGAGCCUCCGGGCUUGGACCCAGCGGGCCGCCUUGCGUAGUGUGCCGGAUGAACUCGCGGUCCAUUAUAACCUGGCCGUGCCGAUGUCUCUGCGUGUGUGAGGACUGUCGAGUGAAUCUGGCGAUGAACAACUACGGAAGCUGCGUGACUUGCCGGCAGGAAGUCGGAGGAUUUGUACGGCUAUGGGUGCCAUAGACAUAAACUUGUGGGCUUUUCUUCUUCAUAUGUGUUAUUUCUUUGUUGAUUCCGGAUGUCUGCGAUUAUCACAUACUUUUUAUUUUUGCUUUGGCGUUGGCAUCAUGAACAUCAUGCAUCUGGCAUUGCCCUGUACUUGGGAUAGUCACUCCACUUUCGAUAGCGAUAUUACUCUAGCAUAAUUCCCAUUUAUUCUCCCG